GCAAAUCUGGGUUUCGGGGUCUGCAGUGGCAUAUGCUCAGUUGUAUAUGCACAAUAGUGCCUGCCUCAGUUGAGAAUCAAAGCUUUGUGGAAAUGUGCUUUGUCCGAUCUGCCCGAAAAGCAUGGUGCAAAUCUUCGAGCAUUAUAGUACCCAAUGAGCGAGCUCGACUCCGCUCGCGGGUGUGGCAGCCAUGCAUUCCGCACGUGCACCCCUGCGAGAAACCGAGUCGAUUAUCGGUAGAAAGAGGCUAACACAAUUUUCACCGGCGUUUAGUUUCAGAAGAGUUGUAUUCUGCUGUGGAAAGAGCAGCGGAGCGCAGCAGAGUGACUUCUGCCCUCCUUACGUGAUCAUGAAUCUUGACCUCCAGCGAGUGUUCGCGGGCGCUACGACUUUCGUGUCUCGUCUGCCACCCAUCCUUGUAUUUGUAUCAGCUCCGAAUGCGAGGUAAUUUGAAGACUCCAGAAAACCAGGUCACUCUAUGUGCACCUCAAAAGGGGGUCCGAGUAACGUGCAACUCGAAACUAGAAAACGAUAUAGUGCUGUCUGGCGGGUGACUUCGUACCAGCCGCGGUUGUCGAACGCUUCGCGCAUGGUUCCAUUCCGGUCUAUGGCAGUGUCUGCAUUUCUCUAUACACCGUUUUCCUUUUCACACAUUGCCUUCCGCAGGUUGCGACGCGUCGCACCUAUCCGCUACCUCCAUAGAGAGUUCUACACGUACUCUGGCGUGUUGUCCACCGGGUAAGAUCUCAGUGAGCCACUUUUCUUCGUUCCCUGUACCUCCCUGUUACCGAUUCUAUUGCCGGGAGUACACCAGCAGAGGUUUCGGCCGGGCAACUCGGACUGGCGUGCUUGCUCACCGACCACAUGGAGAAGAAUUGUAACAGCGUGGCAGGCCACGCCGGAACUCUUGUCAAGGCUUCCUCGCGGCAAGCCGAUGAUAAGGCUGGAUCGCGAGUUCCUCCAGGGGGACAUUUGCUGCAGACAAACAAGACAGAGUCUCAGUUACUGCCCUGCGCAUCACCAUCUGACCCCGUGCACUGGACGAACGAAAUUGUCCCGGUUGUCGCGGACACUUCGGCCCCAGCCGAGGCGGCUCCCGAUCAAACGGUGUCUGACGGAGAACAGUUAACAAGGGCCCCUGAUGAAACAUACUACCAACGGAGCGAGAGUCUAGCGGAGCCCCCAGCAGAGAAUGAAUUGCCAGCAGGGCGAAGUCGCAGGCGCCGCAGCAGGUGGUGUCUGGGCUGUGGCUGCUUUGAACAGGUGAAAACGGUUGUGUUACGAAUGUUGAUGACGGGAUUUGAAAAAUAUGCAGGAGUAGUGUAUGAUCAUCCCUGGCUUUUUAUCAUGGUGUCUUUGCUUGCUACGGCGGGCAUGUCUGUCGGAAUCUUUCUGCGGACGCCUGAAUCGGAUGUCUACACCCUGUACAGUCUUUCAGGUUCUCCAAGUCAAGUGACUAAAGAGCAUCUCCUCGACGUAUUGCCGCCUGAUCGCCUUCUGUUUGUGUUGCUGACCGGAACAAGUAAUCUCGUAACGCGGGAGACGGUGACUCGCAUUGACAGUCUUCUCCAGGGCAUCGAGAGCAUUACUUUGCGGCGCGACUCAGUAACAACGGACGAGUUCAACCACAGACUUGUCAGCCACGACCGGUCGCCCUUCCCAGAAACAAUCACCUUCCAAGACAUCUGUGCAAAAGACGGCUCCGGAAAGUGCCAAGUCCAAAGUAUUUUGGAUCUGUAUCCGUCGAGCUCGGCGUGGGGUGUCAUGCCCAUUGCUUCCGCAAGCUGGCCGGUUGUUACGAAUCCUGUGACCCACAAGGUGUCCCGCUUAGAUGCUAUCCUCGGAAAAAUCACGACGUCUGUGCGUUUAGCGGAACAAGGGAGUGGGCGUCCGGCGCUCACGGUGGUGGAGGAGGCGGAAGCUAUGCUCAUGCGAAUAGAUCUUAGGGGCGAGACAAUUUGGAAGCCGUACACGGCGGCAUUCGAAAAACUCGUCCUGGACUAUGUGCUCGGCCAGGACUUUGGUCCGGACAUAUCUGUGACGGCGAAAGCGGAGCGGUCUUCGUACGAUGAACUGAAGCGCGUGUCAACAUUGGAUGUCGUGGAGUGGCUCCGCCUGUGUGCGGCAGUUCUCGUCGUCUUCCUCUACACCUCGGUCGUGAACAGUUCAAAGACGCAUCGAACAAAGCUCGUGCCAUCAGCCAUGGGUGCGCUAGCGAGUCUUUUGGGGUAUCUGGGUGGCGCUGGACUCGUGUACCUGUGUGGAGUUCGGCAUACGACUCCUGCAGAGGCGACUCCGUUUCUAGCCAUCGGCAUUGGCGUGGACGAUCUGUUUGUCAUUAUCAACGCUUACUCGCUGACAUACCUGCACCCGAAUCCCAAGGAACGCGUGGUCGACGCCAUCAGAGAUGCAGGCCUGUCGAUCACGAUCACGACGCUUACGAACGUUAUCACCUUCAUUAUUGGAGCCCUGUCGCCGUACUACAGCAUUUCCAUGUUUUGCAUCAUCACUGCGGGGGCACUCACUUGGGGCUACGUCCUAUGUCUUACGUUUUUCCUGGCCGGACUCAGCUUGGACGCUCGACGCGAAGCCCGAAAAGAGCCGCUUUCCUACUCACUCUUCUGGAGGUUCAUGCCCCGCUGCUGCCGGAAAAGCAGCUACGAGCCGCAGCUGUCCCCCCCGCUGCCUUUAACCGCGGCUGCCUCCGGCCUCGAAGAAAUGCGAAAUGAAAGCGAAGAGAUUGUGACGGCGGAUCAGACGCCGCCGACGCAUGGAGGGGAUCUUUUAACGACUUACCAGCUGGCUGCACUGAUGGUGCUCUACAAGAAACACACGUGUCAAUCCCGCAGCAGUCAACCGGCACGGAGACUCUUUGACAGAAGGGACGGAACUGGGACUGAAGAAACGAUGAGCACUCCCGUUCCUGAGGAUAGUGAGCGUGACCGGACAAACCAAAAGAGCUGUGGAACUCAGGUCUCCACAGGAAUCGUCGACGUGCGGGAAACAGGACAAGAUGCUGCUUCCCAAAGGCGGUUGUCGUCUCAUAUACGUGACAUGACGACACAGGAAUCGAUUAUGCUUCUGAAGAACUUUGAAAAAGAAAUGGAGCAGAAUCCGGAGAAGCUCCUUAAGCUGUACCAUCCAGAGCCCCUUGGAAAUCCAGGUCGAGGUUCUCGACGGUUUUUCAGAGAUUACUAUGGCAGGUUUUUAGGAAACACGUUUGUCAAGGCGACGGUUCUUGUGAUCUUCGCGGCAGUCACUGCGUUGGCAAUUUACGGUGCCACAACGCUCAAGUUUGGUCUAUCCUUGAAAAACAUUACUCCGCAGGCGUCGUACCUGCGAGAUUUCUACAGCUUGCACGAAGAUCUCUUUCCAAGUUACGGCGACGAGGUCACCGUAUUUUUUGCAGAAAACGACAGAUGGGAAGACCGAGAAGUACAGAUGCGAUACCUCCAGAUGGUGAAAGAGCUAUCCGAGCAAGAGUGGGCUGUCGUGGUCACGGAUGGCAUGUCUCUCUUCCUUCAGCACGCGAUGCCCUCACUCCACAGUGGCAAUCGGAAAGAAUUUCUCGCUUUGCUGAAAACGUGGCUGGAAGGAGACCCCAUCGGACAAAACUUUAGCACCUUCUUCAAAUUUUCUUUUGACAACCUGAUCGUGUGGCAGUUCCGAUACUGGAUGCCGCACAGGGACAAUACCACAACACUCUACUACUGGCUAAAGGAAGGAAAAGAUAUUGUCAGCGCCGGGAAGCCGUAUUUCCAUGGCGAGGUCCACACAGCGUUGGCAGUUAUCUGGGAAUCCGAUCCCAAAAUUCUGCCCUUCACCCUCACAAACCUGUCUAUUGCCCUUGUCUGCAUUCUCGCGAUCUCACUGCUACUGAUUCCAGAUCUGACAUCGGCGAUCAUUGUGGUCCUCGUCGUUUCUCUUGUCGACCUGUGGCUUUUUGGCUUCAUGGCUCUCAUUGACCUGCCUCUGAGCAUGAUCAGCAUGGUGAAUCUGCUCAUCUCAAUAGGUUACAGCGUCGAUUUUACCAUCCACGUCGCGCAUACCUUCACACACUGCGUCGGCGCGAGUAGAAAAGAUCGGAUGGUCGAGACAAUGAUUGUCAUGGGCGCGCCCGUGACUCAUGGAAUGCUGUCCACCCUGUUGUCGAUUCUCGCACUUGCGGGGUCACCGAAAUACAUUCUAGAAGUUUUCUUCAAAAUGAUGUUCAUGGUCAUUGUCUUCGCCUACACCGCAGGCAUGGUUCUGUUGCCGGUUGUCCUGACGUUGUUGGGGCCGUUUCAUCCUCACGGAAAGAGAGAAUCAGGAAAAGCAAUUGCGUGUGACUCCUCAGCUCAGCUGAUAGAUAUGGAACCGCUACACGGAACAGGGAAGGAAGAACAUGGAGUGGGGGUCUGAAUUAUCUGUCCUUUAGCAAUGACGCACAGUGUCAGUUGUCGGCUUCGCCAGCGCUGUGGUCUGUCCACGUGGCGCAGUGUACAAUGUGACUGUUUGAGAUCGGUAUCUGUCAAAUUGUAGACUGGCUGGCCGAGUGUAUCGCGCACUUCUGUUGCAUUCGAAGUAUAAACGCGGAAGCGCUCCACUUCGCAAAGCCGAAACUCCCGGCGUUCUUGUCUUGUCGGUGGCCUAGCGGAACCGCGGCUGCCAGGAGGGAGUUGACUUAUACAUCUUACGCUGAAAGGAAGUAGUACCUUUUCCCAUUGUAUCUCACAGUCCAGAGAAACACUAUGUUUGAAGGCGAACCGAGCCAGACUUGGAUCUGCUUAAAUCACUCGCCUCUGCAGUCAACUGCGCCGCCUGGCUAUUUUCGUGGUUCUUAAGCGCCACAAUUAACGGCGACAAGCCUCCUCUGAAGUCUUAGCAUGCAGCGUACGUGAAUUCCACCACUGACACACCGUCUGAGGUCCGGCUCUGGACUCUGAUUUCGGC